AUGUAUAUAGAAAAAAAAAAAGAGGAAAUAUAUUUGGCAAAAGCAAUAUAUGCCUAUGGAAUAAAUUUGAAUGUACGGAAUCCAUUUUUUUUACUAGAUAAUAAUUCAAUUUUUUAUAGUAUAGGCACAAAUGGAGUAGUUCAUAAUAUUAUAGAUAAAAGUCAAAAAUUUAUUUUGAGUGAUGAAAAUUGUUAUAGUAUAAUAUGUUUAGGUGUAAGUAAUGAUAAGAAAUUAUUAGCUUUAGGUGAAAUGUCUAUUAAUAAGCCAUUUAUAUGUAUAUUUACAAAUAGCUAUAAAUUUAUAAAAAAAUUAACAUUAAAUAUAUCUGAUAAUGAAAGUAAAAUUAUGAAUAUAUGUUUUUCUUCAAAAAAUAAAUAUUUAUAUUGUGUAACUAAUGGAUUUACAAAAAGUUUAUUUUUAUGUUAUGAUUGGUUUGCGGGAAAAUUAAUUUUUAGUAAAAUUUUUCCUUUUUAUGAAUUUAAUGAAAAUUGUGAAAUUUUUUUGAAUAAUAAAAAUUCUUCUUAUAUAGGAUUAAUAUCAACUUUUGUAAAAAAUGAUUUAAAUAAUGAGAUAAAUGAAAAUCAGUUAUUAGAUGAUGGGAAGGAAUUACCAGAUGUGGGAAUAGACAGAUGUAUGGGUUCUGGAGAAGUUAUACAUAAUGAUAAUAAUAUAAAUAAAGCUAGCCAUAAAUUAGAAAAAAAUAUAUUCCUAUAUCAUUAUACAAAUGAGGAUCUAACAGAAAUAAAAAUAAAAAAUAAAAAACUUGAAAAAGUUAGUAAUACCUAUAUAUAUUGUUCCUGGAUAAAUGAUGGUAUUUUACUACUAAUAAAUAAAGAUAAUUAUUUAAUUUUUUAUAAUAUAAAAAAAAAAUUAUUAAAAAUAUAUAAGGAUCAUAUAGGAAAUAAUCAAAUAUUAAAAGUGGCAUGUUUAUCAAAUGGUUUUAUUUUAUAUGAUAAUAAUUAUAUAUAUAUUUAUGAAGAAUCAAAUUUCAAAGUUGAUAAUGAUGGAUUAAGUUAUCAAUUAAAAUAUUACAUCCAUUUUAAUUAUAAUAAUUUAUUUAAUGAAUAUUCUUUGCUAUCAUCUUGUGAAAGAUUUAUUUAUUUUAUUGGGCAAGAUGGGCAUAUAAAAAGGUUAGACAUUCAAAGAGAGAAAAUAUGUUCUUCAAGUUUUGACGGGAAAGGGGGUCACCAUUUAGGAGGCACUUCAAAAGAUGUAAUAAAAGAUGGAGAAGCAAACAAAAAUACGAUGGAAAAUGUUGAAAAUGGACAAAGUGAGACAGUGAAUUCGGGAAUGAUAAAGGAAAAUAAAGAAAAUUUGGAUGGUUUAGUAGAAUAUAAUACAAAAGAUGAAGGAAGAAAUAUCGAGACAGUAUUGAACAAUAUAAGCUUAGCAAAAAUAAAUGAUUUUGAUGUAUGUAUUAAAUGCCCAUUAAUAAUUUUAUGCUAUAAUGAUAAUACAAUAAAAAUAAUAAAUUAUAAAAAAAAGAAAUUAGUAAUUUCAAAUUCAUUUAAUAAUGAGCCAUUAAAAUUGUCUAUUCAUUGUUCAGGUCAUUUAUUGUUAGUUUCUUUUACAGAUAGAUUAAGAUUAUUUCAUAUAUUAUAUAAUAAAUUAAAAAUAAAAAAAGAAUGGUUUUUAAAGAAUUGCUCAUGUUGUAGAUUUUCAAAUGGUGGAAACUUAAUGGCUGUUUCAAAAAUUUCUACAAUUUAUAUUUAUAAAACUUAUACAUAUGAUAUUUUAUUUGUUUUUAAAUCACAUGUUAAUUAUAUUACAGACAUAAUUUGGAGUUACAAUGAUUUUACAAUAUUUUCAAUCGGAAAAGAUGGAUAUCUAUUUGAGUAUUCUUUAUAUAAUAAUGGAAAUAAAAAUAUAGAAAUAAUGCAUAAAGAUAAACAAUUUAUUAGUAUAGAUUUAGAAACUAUAGACAGUUCAGAAAAUGUAAGUGAUUUAAAUAAUCGAGUAGAUAAUUACAAUGAUGGUGAAAAAAUAAAAUAUGAUAGUGAAUAUAAAAAUAAUAAAAAUUUAAAUACAAGUAAUGUUAGAUCUAUUUAUUUAUCUUGUAAUGAUAAGACUAUUAAACAAUUAUGUGAUUCAAAAAUAGAAUGUGUUUUAGAAUCUGAAUUUGAAAUUAAUAAAAUAUUAUUAUAUAAAAAUAUUUUUUUAAUUUGUUCAUAUUAUAAUGGAUUUUUUUCACGAAUACGAUUUUAUGCUUUACCAUUAUGUGGCAUUUAUUUAGAAAUUCCAUGUCAUAUUUCUAAUUGUGUAAAUUUAAAAUUAGAUUAUAAUAAAGAACUAUUAUUUAGUUGUUCAAAAACUGGGGAAGUAUAUAUUUUUUCAAUCGAAAAAAUAAAAAAAUGUAUAUUGUUUCCUCGAAAUUUAGCUUCAAUUAGUAAUACAGCUUCUGAAAAGGUUAAACAAAUAAAUGGACAAGAUAUCAAAAGAUGUGACGAAAAAAAAGUAGAUGAAGAAAACCAAAACGAAAAUGAUAAUGAAAAUGAUGGAAAUAUAUGUACAAAUUUUAGUAAGAGUGAAAAAAGUAUGGAAGAUAAUGAUAAGUUAGAAGGACGGUCAGAAAAAAUGAGCAUAUCCGAUUUAGCAAAAGAUAAAGAUACAAAUUAUAAUCAUACCAAAAUUAUUAUUAUAGAAGAUAAUGAUAAAAUGUUAAAUAAUAAUGGGGAAGACAAAAAUGAAGAAUCUCAAGAUAUAAAUAGUGAUGAUACUUUAGAGGGAAAUAGAGAAAUAAAUUACAGUUUUGCAAUAUAUGACCUGAAUAAUAAAAGUAAAUAUAUAUUAGAUGAUGUUGAAAAAGAGAGUAAUGAUAUUUUGAUAGACUUUUGUUAUGUAGAAAAAAAAAAUAAUGAAUUAUUAGAUCUAGAAAAAAAGAUAACAAACUUAAAAAAUCAAAUGGAACUUGAAAUGAAAAAUAAAGAAUCUAUUUAUAAAAAUAUGAUAAAGAAAUUAAAAAAAGAAAAAGAUUUAGAAUUAAAAAACUUAAUGAAAAUAAAUAAAAAUAUAAUUAAAGAAAAAGAGAAAAUGGAAAAUAAGUGUAAAGAAUCAUUAUUCGAAUUAGAGGAAAAACAUAUAUAUUUUGUAAACCAACUAAAUUCACAAUUUUAUUUAACUAAUAAAAUAUGUGAAGAAAAGUUUUUAAAAAUUGAAGAAGAAUUUGAUUUAUAUAAAAAAAAUACAACUUUAGAAUUUUUAGAAUUAAAAAAAGAACAUGAAAUAAAAAUGGAUUUACUAAUGCAAGAAAAAAAUGAUGAAAUACAAAAAAAAGACGAUUGUCUAAAAAAAAGUGAAGAAAAAUAUGAGCAAAUGAAAAAAGAAAAAGAUCAAUAUAUCAAAGAAAUAGAAGAUGAUGUAGAUGAAGAAAUUCUUUUAUUAACUAAAAAAUAUGAAGAAGAAAUUGAUAAUCUAAAAAAAGAUAAGUUUGAUUUAUUAGGAAAAUUUAAGUUACAUGAAUAUAUAGAAGGUGAACUUAAUGAGGGUAUCAAUCUUGAAAAGGAUAAUUUUGUAAAAAAAUGUAUAAUGAUAAAGCGAAUGGAAGAGAACAUUGAAAGCCUAAAGCUUGAUAUAAAGAACCUGAACGAUAACAUAAAAUUGAAAGAUACAGAAAUCGAUGGUAAAAACAAAGAGAUUGAUAAUUUAAAGAAAAAAAAUAAAGAAUUUGAAAAAUUGAAAAUAGUUUUAUUUCAAAAAAUAAAAGACUUGGAAUCAACGUUAUCACCAAAAGAUUCAGAAAUAAAAGUGAUGAGAGAUAAGAUCGAUGAAAUGUCAAAAUGUUUUGAAAAUAAUCAUAAAAAAACUAUUAAUUUACAAAUAGAAAUAAAUGAACAUAAAAUGAAAAUAAAAUCAUUACAUGAUGACGUAUUAAAUUAUAAUAAAAAAAUUGGGAAUUAUGAAAAAAUUUUAAAAAAUUUACAAGACCAUAUCAAAGAAUGCUACUUACAUUUACAUGAUAAAAAAAUAUUUAAUUCAUCCUUUUUAAAUCUUUACAAUAAAUUUCACAAAAUUAACGAUGUUCAUAAUUAUGAUACGAAAAAUGUUUUUUCAGAGUAUAUUAGACAAAAGGAAUAUUUAGAAAAUAUGAUACAAGUAUUAAAAGAUAAAUUGGAAAAGGAAACGGAAGCUUAUAGAAUAGAAAAAAUUAAAAUGAUGAAUGAAAAUUCGUUAUUACUAAAAGAAAUAAAUGAUUUAAAAAUGGAUUUAAACUUUUUAAAAUCCGAAUUUCAUGAUGCAAAACUUAAAAACAGAAAAAAUCGUUUUUAA